CCCCCCGCCUGGGCCCGAUCUCGGUCUCGGUCUCGGUCUCGGGUGUGGAGCGCGGAGCCUGCGGAGGCCGCCACGCCGGGGCUGCGGAGGCCGGCGGCGCGGCGGGGUGCGGGGUGCCUGCUCGCGGCUCGGCAGCGAGGACUCCAGCGCGGACGGCCGCGGCGACACCAUGGAUCUGUCCUUUAUGGCCGCGCAGUUGCCCAUGAUGGGAGGUGCCUUCAUGGACUCGCCCAAUGAGGACUUCAGCACGGAGUACUCGCUCUUUAACUCUUCCACCAACGUCCACGCGGCCUCCAAUGGCCAGGGCCAGCCGGAGGAGCCUCCGCGGUCCUCCAACGACGCAGUCUUACUCUGGAUCGCCAUCAUAGCGACCCUGGGGAACAUUGUGGUGGUUGGGGUGGUGUAUGCCUUCACCUUCUGAGCCCCGGGGUGCCCGCGAGCCCCCAGGCCGGGCUCGCAGCAGGGCGGGCUCUGCUCCGAGCACUGUCGCUGUUGGCCUUGGCUGCGCCCACGUUCUGGAAUCAGGAGUUCUGACCAGGUGCACGGCCUCUUCAGGGCCAAGCAGCCCUGAUUUCCCCUGUUCUCUGCUGUGGUCCAGCCCAUCCAGAAAACAAAGGAGUGUGAAUUUCCAGCCUCCGGAGGCCAGGCGGGCGCUGAGCCUUCGAGGAACAAAUUGAGAAAUUCUUGAAACUUCAUUCCGAGAACGUGAGUCGGGAAGGAACAGGCAGGUUUGACAUGUGAACGUGGUCAACUGCUUGCUGGCAGUAAAUAAUCACACACGUGUCUUGUUUUUAUGCCAACUUCUCACACCUGGGGUGUCAGGUGCCAGGCAGCAGCUGCCCGCAGAACCAGAGUGUUCCCUGAACGGCCUUGGCUUGCCGCUCAGCCCUCUGGAACAUCGGCGGUGAUUAGCCGAGCCGUGGAACAUUCCUCGUUUGACUUGGACAGGGCUCCUCCGUCACCAGUCAUUUGUCCCCUUUCGAGACCCAGAUGCAUCAGAAAACCCAAGGACGGGUAGGACUUCCAGGGACAGGGGGUUAUCUGCUAGACAGACUUUCUCUUCUUUUUUAAAAAAAGAAGAGCCUUUAAGCUUUAGAUCUGCCAAGGAGUCAAGUCCUCAGACCACCCCCGUGAAGAUGCUUUCAUCUCUGAGAAAUCAUGGAAUUUUAGAUGGCGGGGCUCACGCCCCCUCAUCUUCUGACGGGUGGGAGGGAGAGGUGUGACUUCCGGGAUCACAGGACGGAUUACUGGGGUGGUCGGAGCAGGAGGGACAUUUUCUGAGUCGGGUCAGGGUUCUCCAGGCCCCCACCAAGCAGUCUGUUGAGCGAAGGCCUGCUUCUCAGCUGCCCUGGGGGAGAAGGCCCAGAGGGUCUUGAAGCUGUGCAAGGAAGGCAAGGUGCUCAGACACCCGCCUUUGACCCUCGGCGUGGCUCCCACGUUCUCUCACAGGCGUGACUGCGCUCUGUCAGUCUCCUUAGGUUCCUCCAGAUCAGUGGCCAAGGGGGGCCUGGCAAGCAAGGGAGCCCCCAUGUGAAGACCAGAGCAGGAUGGGACUUGCUCUGGGGAGGGGGCAGCAUUGAAAAGGGCUCACUCUUCUUCUGUCCUUAGAAAAGGCCCCUGCAUGGUCCCCAGACAGCACCCCUGUGCCAACCAGAGUGAGAGAGGCUCACCUUCGGGCUCCCUCACUUGAAGACCAGGAGUGGCUCUCUCCCUUUGCCGUGCAGAAGAAAAUGAAUGGCACACACCCCUCCUCCGUGGCUGAGAACCCGGAAAGACAGGGUGAGAAGCCGUGGCACCGUUUGGGGACAAUUGCAAAAAGGCUGGACGUGUCCCCGUGGUCUCAGGAGAAACGAGCAUUCCUGAUACCAGGCAAAGGGACAUCCCAGUUGCCCACAGGCAGCCACUCACUCGUCUGGGAGGCUGGUGCUGGGCUUCGGUGGUAACAGGAUUACCAGACGGUGCGGGCAGACGGCCGCCAGUUCUUCUUGGCCACAUCUGUCACUGCAGCCACGCGUGCGGCCAUAAAUGCUUCGGCUCAAGUGGGGAGGUCAGGAGCCUGGAGAGCUGGCGUGAGCUCUGCGGAGGAGGAGAAGGGACGUGGGACCUUCUGCCGGGGCUCCUCCUGGGAUCGCCGACAGGGCUCCACUCUCUGCAGGACCAGGCCGGGCCGGGGGUUAGCCUGUGUGUGCCCAUCACCCGGCUGCUUCUCCAGCAGACCCCUCCCUGUGUCAGGCGCCCGCGUCCGCCCCCUGAGCAAGGUCCUUUUUUUCAGUGGGUGUCUUCAUGGAGGUCCAGAGUCAGAGAGCCAAGGCCAUGCCAGGAGGUCACUCCAGCCCAGAUGCCCUGAUGCCUCACUUUCUGACCCCAUGUCCCCAGAGGAGCCUGCAGCCCCGAAAAGAGGCAGGCAGCAUCUCCCUGUUCCCCAAAUGGCCUGGGGCCACGGCAAGGGAGAGAGGGUUCUGUGUACCGUGAUGGGGAAGAGGCGGGGUGGGUAGUGUGGUCCUAGCUCUUAAGGAAGACCAAACAUCCAGGGCAGCCCUGGCAGACCCCGUGUUCUCUGGAAAAUUCUGGGCACAGGGGUCUCCUCCAUGAAGACUUUCUUUCCCCCUGGCAUACAUGCCAGUUAAAUUCAACUCUCAAGUAUUUCUCUGUAUUCAGCAUCAGGGCCAUAGACACGAGGCCAGGAGCCUUAGGGACCAUCUUGUCCAAACUUUGCAUUCUGUGAAGUCUCCUAUGGUGUUUUUCUCUGUGUUUUUUUCUCCCACCAUCACUAAAAUACCAGUGAGGAUAGAUGUGCAUGUGAAUGUCCAGUGAAGGGUAAAGGACAGAUUGCCAGCCAGAGAGUGAGCUGUCCUGUCCCUCCUGCCGUACGUAGCUGGGUUCCAUCUUAGAUGUGAGGUAAUGGACAGGAGGCAUCGUCCGAGCCCUGGGUCCGGGCACUGUGCUAGACUCACGUGCACAUAUUUAAUCUGUACAGUUACCUUCCAGCAUCAGUGCUCCGAUACAUAGAUACGGGACCAGGAGCUCAAAGGAGUUUGCCCAAGGCCACACAGCAUGAAGGUGAAAGCUGCGAUUUGAGUCUGGACCAUCGGGCCCUAAAGUCAGUCUCUUCCUACCACACCAUGUUGCCUUCAGUGGCUGGCUGGCACCUCCUGGCACAUUUAAGCCAGGCUCUGGGCCUAAAGAGGCCAUUCCCCAAGGUCCCAUGCCAUGGUGUGGCCUGGGCCAGCUCUGGCUUCCUCCACAGGCAGAAGUCUGACCGACCUGAGAGCGGGGCACACUCGUCCCCUGCCCACUGACCGCUCUGUGCCAGGCUUUGGGGAUGGCGGUCCCUAUUGUCUGCUCCCCUCUUUAAAGUUGAGCACAAGCCUUUUUAUGUGGCCACAGAAAUUUCCAGAGAGCAGCUUUCUUGGGACCAUGCCGAAGGACCUUGGCCGAGACCUGGAGUCCAACAGAGGGGCCCACACAGGAAGUGAGGCGCAGGCCGCCGGAAUCGCCCAGGAGAGGGGGACAGUCUGGGCCGCAGGAGAGACUCCAGCCCAGGCUCGGGCGUUCUCUUGAGCCCCAGGGUGGUCCUGAGCAGGAGGGACAGAGGCCCCUGCCUGGAGCUCCCGUUCUGGGUGAGGUUGGCCCCAGAGCCCACCUUGACCCGACGAGCCAGCACUGAGAAGAAGGGCUUGCCUCUUGCCCUUCAGGGAAGAGGUCCUGCGUUUGCCAGAAUGCUCUUAAUGCUUGGGCCUCCGCAUGCCUCCCCGUGUCCCCUCUGCAAGCCACGGGUAUCCCACACCUGUGUCUGUUUGCAUGUGGGACACUUCACUGCCCAGAGCAGCACCUGCUUUAGGACGGCCUGAGUCACAGGAGCUUGGAGGGGAGGCCAGAAGACACUUCGGGCAGGUGUGUCCCUAGGGGAUCCCACUUCCUGUGCAGGCCUGGGCAAGAUGAUCGCUCUGCUAUCCCUCCCUUCCCUGUGGGAUCAAGGUUAAGAGGCACGUGAGAUUCCCCAACCUCCCCUACCUGCCCCCUGCCCCAGAGAGAGAUUGUUCUGUGUCCUUUGAGGAGUUUCCUGAAACCCAGGGGAGAACGUUAGGAGGGCAGGUUGGUACACUUGGUUGGAGAGUCAAUAAGCCGUCUUCCAGCCUGUUCUAAAUGGAAGGCUUGGAUGUGGCCAGACCACUAGUGUAUGUGGGAAUCCCUCCAUAGGGACUGUAAAAACUCCACUGUCCUCUGCGCUGCUGCCCGAUUCCUUCCAGACAGAUGUCACUCUUCUUCAGGAGCAUGAUCUUCUUUCAGCAUUAGUAGUGAUAUUAUGAAGAAUUAUCAUCCUUACUGUUGUCAUUUCUUGUGCACCUGUUCCUUGUGCCGUGCUCUGUUUGCAUCUCAUUCACUUCUCGAGUCACCCCUCGGGGGGCAGAAGUGAGGUACGGAGAAGUACACAUUAAUCAUUGACCCAUUCUUCUGUUAAUAAAACUGAGGCCAGGCUCAUGUGCCUGGAAACCCACAUCAAGGGAGCUGUGAUUCACCUCCAACUCUGUUGGCUCACCAGGCUGGGUAGUUAACCCUGUGUCUCCCUGCCUGCAUGCAUUCUAAGGGGAGCCCCCUGGAAGGGACCAUCCCAGAAUGGGGGGCUCUGAGGCUGGGGCUGUUGGGGUCCCGGAUAGCAGACUUCAGGUGAAGGUGCUAGAAAGGGGCAGGAAUGGUGCACAUGAGUUUGUCAGGCUCAGAACCUCGCAGUGGGAAAGAGGUGUCAGAGAGCCUCCAAUCAGGAGCCAAUAUUUGGGAGGACAACUGGGGCCACACGGUUACUGAUGGGAGACCUGGCAAGUGUCCGGCUGCCUGGCCCAGGGCACCACCACCCAGUGUAUUCACUGGGGAGCGCAGGGGUGGCCCUGGGUGUGAACUCCAGCCCCGGGGCAGGCAUCAUGCUCUCUGCCACCUGUUGCCCCCACACCAUAUCUGGGCACAUGCCCUUGACCGUCCCCAGAGCAAGUCCUAGGUGGGCUGGGCCGCCGUGAAGAGGAAACGGCCAAGAAGCUGUGCUCAGGAGGCCAGAGGGAGCAGUCAACCUGAAUGCUCUGUGCUGGCCUGCCCCUGCCGGCCCCUGGUCUCGGUCAUUCAGUGACAGGGACGCAGGACGGGCUGGCUGAGCUGCGUGCUUAAAAGCCCAGAGAGACAGAGUUCAUAAUCUCCAAUUGGAAAAAGGAGCCUCUCCAAGAAAUUCGGGUAAUCAGAAUUAAACAGUGACCAGAUAGAUGUUCCAAGAACGUCACUUCCAAAAUUAGACCUUGAGCAUGUUCUUGCCCCUUUGGGGAGGGGGGUUGACAGGGGACAUUGUAGUGCAAGCCACAGUGACCGGAGAGAAGAGCGAUUGGCCCAGAGUGAGCAAAGUUUACCUGUCGGGAAAGUGAAAGCAUGUAAAAUUGGCUAGGUAAAUUUUGGACCAUAAGUCUGUGAUGUUUGCUCUGAGUCUCUGUGAAAGGCAUCAGUGUUCUACCAAGAUGGGUAAUAAAGGCAGAGAAAUCCCUUGGAGCGGUUGGACGGGCCUCACAGUGCCCAGGAUGUACCCUGCACCCGCCUUCUGGCCGAGGUGCGGAUGGGCGCCUGCCCAGAACAGGCCCUUCAGCUGCUUCAAGAGGCCCAGCCUCUGCCUCUGGGUCCUUUUGCAGGCUGACUUCCCGCCUUCCAGAAGGAGGUCUGAGACCCCUCUGGCCUUGGGAGUAAAUCCCGACAAGGUAUCUCUGCAGGGCACUUGUGGAAAUCUAGAGCCCUCAUUCUCCACCAAGCCACCCCCCCAUGUGGCUAAGCAGCCACCGUGACCCCAGUGUGUGUCCCACCGAUGUCUUAGGGAAUGGGAGAAUCACCGCACGUCCAUUUCAAACCGCUGUCCCAGCAAUCCAGAUGGUUCUGACCACCGCUCUGUAAGCUGGCAGGAAGGAAGUUUCCAGACUUUCUACACUUGACGGAACUGAGUGUUGCAGAAGUUUGGAAGAGUUUACCGGGUCAGGCUGCUCGGCAGGAGAGUGGGGUCUGGAGCCCAGGGCAUCUCCAUGGCAAAGCUGCUGAACCAUUAGCCAGCGGUUCUCAACCUCGGAAAAUUCUGUCCUUCGGAGACCUUUGGCAAUGUCGGGAGCCGAUUUUGGCUUUUCACAAUGUGGUGGGGGGUGGUGUUCUACUGGCAUCUAGUGGACAGAAGCCAGUGAUGCUGCUGAACCCCCCCCUACCCCUCCCCCAGUAACAAGGAAUUAAUGAUCGGACCCCAAAAUGCCAACAGUGCUGAGGUGGGGAAACACGGCACUGGGCAAUACCAUCUCUGAAUCCAAAACUCUGGGUCUCUUCCAAAGCUCCACUUCCCCCAUCUGUGAGUCCUGGAGUAAAUCAGAGCCCUUCCGGGCAAUAGCGGUGUCAACAGCGACUGCCCCAAGUUCAGAGAGUCCUAGCCAAGGGCAGUGGUCCACCGUCAAGCAUGUCCUCUGGGGAUCCACGGAUGCUCCGUUCCCACCAUCUCGGGGUUUUCAUGGGGAGACUCAGCUUGGAUAGAAGAACUACUGCAAAGUGGAUGGGAGCGUCGGGCUGAACUUGUCCCAGUAACUUUGGUCUCCAGGACCUUGAGGGAGCUGACCUCCCGUUAAUGCAUCUGAGGAGCAUUGCUGGGGAGGGGGGUUGGGGGGGAAGCUUAGAAGGGAUGGAGGGGGAGGACCUGCCUAACAGCCUUGGGGCAAACCUACAUCCUCCCUUGCUUUUGACCCUUUUCCACGUGUCCCACCCCGUUUCCCCCUGUUGAAGGCAUAUUAACACUUUGUACUAUUUAACGUUUUACAGAAACCUUAUUCUUGUAACUAGCCGCUCUCCAGAUACCAAUUCUCUACGCACAGAGAACCAGAAGCGUUUGUGUGUCCUACUACUGUUUUCAUAAUCAACUUGUAAGUAGUUUACUUAAUAAAAAGGUAUUUUGACUAUUCUUGUAAUCCUUUGCUACUCAACCCCUCACCCUCUGCCCCCGGUUUCACAAGAUCACUAACUUUUACUACAGUGAAAAGGUGAUUUCUUAAUGUAGGGCUUCAGUGUGCUCUUUGGAUUAAAAAUAUCUAACCUUGAUGGAUGUAAAAAUGUGGCUGUAGAAUCGUGACCUUUUGACUGUUAGCACUGUUCCUCUUGUUGUUUUCUAUUAUGAUCAUUAAAAAAGAAAAAACUUUAA